AUGGCCACUCGGCGUCUGACAGAUGCCUUCUUGUUAAUGCGGAACAAUGCGAUCCAAAACCGGCAGAUAUUGGCUGAGCAAGUGAGUACAAACGACCCCCGUCUGAGUACACGUAGCAAUGCUGCGGAACUGGAUGAGUUCGCCGACGAUCGGAUGGCGUUGGUGUCGGGAAUCGGCACGGAUCCCGAAGCGGCCGUCGGCGUCGCCAAGAAGCUGUCCCCCAAAUGGGUGGAGGGCAUCGACGAGAUUCAGUACGAAAUCUCCCGGGUUCGCCAGAAGAUGAAGGACCUGGCUUUACUCCACGACAAGCACAUGAAUCGACCCACGCUGGACGACAGUAGCGAAGAAGAGCACGCCAUAGAAAUCACCACGCAGGAGAUCACGCAGAUGUUCCACCGAUGUCAGCGCGCCGUAACGGGCCUGCGCUCCCGCUGCGGUCACCGCACGGAGCAGGAGGAGAGACUUCUGAGAAACGUCGUCUCGUCCCUGGCGCAGAGUCUGCAGGAACUGUCCGUCAAUUUCAGGCACACCCAGUCCGGCUACUUAAAACGUAUGAAGAAUCGCGAGGAGCGAUCCAAGCACUUUUUUGACUCGGGACCGUUAAUGGAAGAGGAGCAAGAUCUAGCUUUGUACGACAAGGGCUUCACAGAUGACCAGUUGAUGAUGGUGGAGCAGAACACCGUCAUGGUGGAAGAGCGAGAGCGAGAGAUCCGACAAAUCGUCCAGUCCAUCUCGGAUCUGAACGAGAUCUUCCGGGACUUGGCCGGAAUGGUGGUGGAGCAGGGCACGGUUCUGGAUAGAAUCGACUUUCACGUGGAGCAAGCGUGCGUCAAGACAGAAGAUGGCUUGAAACAAUUGCAAAAGGCGGAGCGGUACCAGAAGAAAAACAGGAAGAUGCUGGUCAUUUUAAUCCUUUUUGUCAUCAUCGUCAUUCUAAUUAUUGUUCUUUUUUCCACCAAGUUUUAA